AUGGCGAGAACGGGUGCAAGUGGUACCCCGCCGUACGUGCAAUCGGUUCGGUUUGUGUCCAUAUCGAUGGUGCUAGCGGUGGCCAGUGCUUUGCUGCUGCCCGAGUUCGAGUACGAGAGUGUCCCGUUUCCGGCGGACGACAUCGAACGGGACCUGCUGUUCGAUGGGCGGUCGUGGAGUUUCCACGGGCACGAUGUGAUAGGGCCUGCUGAAGAAGGCGCCUUCUACCAGUCGGAUGUGAACCUUGCGGCCCUGCGCCCGAUAUCACCCACCCCACCGUUUACGCUCGAUCCUUCCUACAUUUCGCCGGCCGAAGUGAUACCGGCCCGGGCCAAGCGAGCUAAUCGGAUGGGGAAAAAACGUGCAACCAAGCAACGCAAAAGGGAACAACUGAAGGAUCAUAGCUAUGAGGAGAUGGACCGGGACGAGAUGCUUGAAGACGACAACGGCGAGGAGGAUGAGGAGGGAAAGGCACACUCGGGAGAGGUCGAGGAAAGUGAAGUUGGUGGCGAUGUGGAGGACUACGCGGCACGGUAUGAAAAAUUCAUCGCCCAACACUUUGAUGACGUUGAGCGACGACGGGAGAAGUCGGCCCCUCAGCGGAAGGCACCGACGAGAGGUCGGGCGGAAAGCAAAGAGGAUGGGCGUGCGGACGAGACAGACGGCAACGAAGAGGACGAGUCCGACGGUGACUACAAGUUCGAUCGGUUCGAUUACUCCUCGUCGGACGACUACGAGCGGAUUAAGGCGGAAUCGGAGGAGCAAAGUAGGCGGCUAGCGAAGGAUCCCCGGAACUGCCGGACAUACGAGAAAGAUGGCAUGGUAUGCAGCGUGUGCCACGAUCCGGCCAGCGACAGUGCGUCGGAGAGCUGCGCGUAUGCCACCGAACCGCACCACCGGAAGUACGCCUACGUCAAGGAGCGCAACUACGACAGUAAGAAACCGGAUGGUACUGGGGCAGCAGGAGGAAAGGCCGACCAGGAGCUAACGGAAGACGGGGACGACGGAGAGCACGAGCAGCUGGCAGAGUCACGCCCGGAGCGGCAGACAUCCGAUGAGGACACUACCCUUACCACCACCACCGCCGCCGUUCCACGGCGCAGGAAAGCCCAUCCGAUUCGUAAACCGAUGCUACGGUCGAAACCACACCAAUUGGCAACGAACGGGGGUGGCUACCGGUAUCAGCCACCGGCCAUUGACCUUCGCUCCAACCGGGCCAGCAUGAAACUGCGUUCGGCCGUAACGGGCAGCGACGGAGAAAGCCAGACCGAGGACGAUCCCAACAUUUACGUCAUGGACUACAACGAUCAGGACGAUGUGGCGCGCGUGCUGGCCGAGUUUAAGUCGCGCGAUUGGUCCAAAUGCCGUAAAGGUAAACGGACCGGAGGUGAUGGUGGUGGGUUGACCUGCUACCAGUGCCAGGAUGCGGCCGGUGUUAACCACGAGGAAUGCAUGUACGUUUCAGAGUCCCGCCAGGUCGCCACCGGGAUUGCACUACCACCAACAGCCGACGAGGGCAAGCUGCGCAAGCGGAAAAAGGUCGUACCGUUACGCCGGAAGAAUGGUUCAAUGGUCGAUUCCAGCGCACUCGAACCGACGCUUGACGGUAGCCCGACAAAGGAGAAGCAAACGGUUAAACGGACAGUUUCGUUCAGAAGCUUCGUGACUGGCUCGGGGACCGGACAAGAACGGCCGGCAGCAUUUCCGCUGCCUGCGGACGCUAGCGAGCGGGUGAUCCACUAUGAACAUCACAUUUCUCAUGAGGUACCAUAGGCUGUGUCCGAAAGGGAAAAGGAAUCAGCUUCCGAUGUUCUCUGAAGUGGAGAAGAGAAACA